AUGUCUAGCCCUGUUGCACUUCUUCAUGAUGCAAACACGCCGCGCGGAAACAUACAAGUCGCCUGUCUUGUUUCGGCGCUCCGUGAGCUCCAGGGCGAAGGAUUUAUGUAUCCGGCGACCUUGCUUCGUCCACAAGAUGAUCUGCCAGAGUUGCAUGGCAUGGAACCUUCCUUUGAACUUCCUGGGAUACUUGUACCUCCCGAAGUCACACAUGUCGAGGACGAGACUUCGACAAAUGCACAAGUGGUACAUCACAGGGAACUACCUAUCGUAUGGAUCAAACUAUUUGACGUAGAGCCUAGUAUUGACUUCUCACGCGCUGGUGGCUAUUUGCUGCGGUCAACAUACGAAGAUAUUGUUGACAUCUACGAAAUAAACAGAAAAGAGGGGGCCCGAAUUCUCUUGGAUGUAGCUAGAUGGUUCACUCGCGGCACAUAUCGACCUCGGCCAGGAACGGCUCCAACAGAAGAAGCGGCAAUUGGAGUACAAUUGGAGCUCUCUGUCAUGGAAACCAUACUGAGCAACAUGCUCGUUUUGCCGCAACCGAGACACAAGCCGGUGUACUAUCAUGCGCUCAUCACAGAGAUAUGCAAACUUUCACCCUCAACCACCGGCCCUGCAGUCGGAAAGUCCGUUCGAAAACUCUAUGCCUUCCUUGGUGAAGGCUUGGAUGUUGAGAUCGCGAGACGUUUUUCUGAUUGGUUUGCUGUGCACAUGAGCAACUUUGGGUACCAGUGGGUAUGGAAGGAAUGGGUACCCGACCUCGCAUUAGAUGAAUCUCAUCCAAAACGGGCGUUCAUGAGAAGAGCGCUAGAGCUUGAGAUUCGCCUGUCAUAUUAUGACAGAAUCAUGUCUACGUUACCAGAGCCUAUGCAGAGUUCCACGGCGGGGGUCAUGCCAUCGGAGGCUCCGGGAUAUGAAUUUGAAUACGAGUCAUCAGAUAACUCGCACCAUGCGAUAGCUGAUGGUCUCUUGAGCAAACUUCAGAACCGUCCGGUCAUGUCGGAAAUAUCCGUCUACAUCGAUACCAUGCGCACGGAGCUUAUUAGCUCAGGACUUUCAGACUCUAGAGCAGCGAGCCGUACACGGUCUAUCGCCGUUCAAUGUUUAUUGGUCGUUGGCUCGCGCUCAUUCUCACACUUCCUCAAUGCCAUCGAGAAAUACAUCAAAGUUCUUCAAGGUCUCUCCAGUACACCAGAUGCCAAGUUUGAAAUCUUGGAGAUUGUCAGUAGUUUCUGGCGAAGGAAUCGACAAAUGAUUAUGAUCAUUUUCGACAAGUUGAUGCAAUACCAGAUUGUGGAUCCUUCCGACGUGGUCUCAUGGGCGUUCGAAGGUGGAGGCUUGGGUGAUAAAGGAGACGGAUUGGGGACGUUCCAGUGGGAGCUCAUGCGCAUCGCAUUAGAUAAAUCCAAUGGACGUGUGGCCAUCGCUCAGCGGCGAGUUGUACAGCAGCGGAAACUAGAUGAAGAAACCCGAGCCGCAAGGAUGGCUACCAUUGCGGGCAAUGGAAUGGAUGUCGAUGACAUGCCGGCCAAGGUCGACGGCAAGUCCAAGUUUGAAGUGACAGAUGACAGUGAAGAGUUGCGGAAGCAAAUCCGCGCACAUUCCAUCUUGGUAGCCGAUCAAAAAGCGGUGCUUUCUCGUACUAUGGAGGGCUUUGUCACUGUUCUCAGUGAUACCGACAGUGUCCUUACAGAAGAGUCGUGGAACAAUCGAGCAUCCUGGUCAAAGAAGGAAUGGGAGACAUUCGAGUCCUGGGGCUGGUUCCGGCAUUUUACCCGCAACUACGCACCAUACCUGCGAGUAUACAAGGAGAGCCUGACACUGGACAAUGCUCAAACACUAUCCAGUGCCUUUCAGCAAGCUGUUCUCAAGAGUGUCAACGACAAGAGUGCACAAGUUCAAAAGCAGCUAGACAGUGUCAUUAGAGAAGCUAAUAGCGAGCUCGCCGUACUCAACGACAAGAUUCGAGGCAAAGAUCUCGAGCUCGAACGUCGCAAAAACCGAGAACAGCAUGAGCAACUACGCGAGAGGGAUAAGGAAUACGCACGCCUCAAGAGCCAAUACGAUCAACUCAAGCGCAAAGCCCUUCUCGCUCCUGAAGCCCUCUCAGCAGCGGCAACCGAAACAGCCAACGAAGGAAUGAAUACACGUCAAGACGAGCCGUCCCGUCCUCGCCAAGUCGCUCCUGGUCUUGCAGGUUUUGCAUCCCUCUCUGUCAACGAUGUAGUGAACAAUAUGGAGGUCGGAGGGCUUCAACGCACUCCUCUUCGUGCGUACGCCAAUAAUACCACUUCAGGGUGGCAGGCCCCCGGACAUGCUACGCUUAGCAAGUCUGGACGAGCACAGGUAGCUGCACAAGGUAGUCAUCGUUUCCAGAUGGAGAAUGCAACUGCUGGUCUCUCCACUAGCUUGCAACCUCCACGGGGAGCUAAUGGAAUUGGUAAUGCUACCGGAGGAGGUUUGCGGCCUCGUCGAGCGGGAAGUGACGGUCGACCCCCUGAUAGCCCACGUGGAAGCGAGAAUAGUGGAGAAAUUGAUAGGAAGAUGGCAGGUAGAAACCAGGCCGAUGUAGCUGUAGGAGUUGGAAGCUCUCGUCUUCAGCAAGGUCAAGCCAAUCGGCCUGCUCAACGCGAUUUCUCGUUUGGCCAAACGAUUCAGCGAGCGGCAUCUUCUGGCAUGGCCUACGAACAGCGUAAACCUGGUACAUUCAGACCGGCUGGCUUUCCGAGGUGA